AUGUCGACGGACUUGAGCAGUGUUCACAACGCACAAGGUACUCAACAGACAGCCGACAUCUAUGGCCGAUCUGCAGGAUCUUCUUUUUCCUAUGGUCACUUCCCGUCUGCUUCUUUGGCGGUAGCGUCGUCAUCCGCCUGGGGUGCAACGCCGAGAACGCUUAACCCUCGCCCUGUUUCUGUGAAGAGGGCUGUAAAUGUCAAGAGGACACCCGAAGAACUGGAGGUUAUGAAGGAGGCGGCGAGUCGACUAAGCUCCCGCCUUGCUGAAGACCAAGCCUCAAUUUCACAAGUGGACAUAGAUUCACCCUUUGUGGAUGAACUUGAUGCCCUCAAUCGUCUUCUUCCGUAUCAUGUGUUCCAACAACCCCGAAAAGAUCUGGAACAACUUGUUGCAAGGAAGGGGAAAGAAAAGGCUGUGGAGGAAGACUUGGCAGCUGAGAUCUACGACACUAAACUGGCACUGGAGUUUCACAAGCGACGGAGCGCCAUUUACGACCGGUGGCGCAAGCUCAAGGUCCGUUCAGGGAAGCGUGAAGCUGCAGAUGACCAAGCCUACUAUCUUGCGCAAGUCAUUCUCGAUGCCGACCGAUCUGAGAAUGCUUGGCUUGCAAACGAAUUGCGCAACGCGAGGACAGAAGUUGAAAGGAUAGAACGAGAAAAACGUGCUGCCAACGCAUCGCGUGUGACACACUUUUCCUCCGCUCCGCAGCCGGUUAUGCCGACUAUGCAAACCCAAUACUACCGUCCUUACCCAUACGCAUAUACGCACACGCAGGCGUAUGGAGCUGCGAUUCAUCAGCCUACUGUUACAACAUUUCCGGCCUCCCCCGCCGCCGCCAGUUAUGUCCCAUAUCAGCCAACUGCCGCAAUACCGGUGCAGCUACCUGUCACAUCUCUACCGGCGCUGCACUCUCUGGGUAUCAUACCUGUCCCUGCCGCGUCUAGCCCCCCAGAAGGGCAACCACCUGCAGCUGUAUUACGAGGAUCGACUGCCGACGGUUCGAUACUGAGCCUGGAAAUUAACGUUUCUCUCCUGCAAGGCUCACAAAUGAGCGGGCUAGCCAUGGUCCUAAAUUCCUUGGUGGCGAGAGGCAACGCUUCCUCUGGGACAACCACCAACGCAACUGCGAACACUCACUGCUCCAGUACAACCUCAGGCUCCUGA